CCUUUGAGAUGAAGGAGACGGGCACAGAUGUGAAGGCAGAGAUGUCUCCGGUCCUCACCUGUUUGCUGGUUUUCCUGGUGGGCUGCUCAGGAUGCCAGCACCAUGCCUGCCGCUGCAUGGGCAGGGUCUUCAUCUGUCAGGAGAGCAAGGUGGUCCAGGUUCCCCGGGACAUCCCCGCCAACAUCACCGAACUGAGAUUUGUGCUCACCAAGAUGAGAGUCAUUCCAAAAGGAGCUUUCACAGGACUUGGUGACCUGGAGAAAAUAGAGAUCUCACAGAAUGAUGCCUUGGAGGUCAUAGAAGCAAAUGUGUUUUCCAGCCUUCCCAAACUACAUGAAAUAAGAAUUGAGAAGGCCAACAACCUUGUGUACAUUGAUCAAGAUGCCUUCCAACACCUUCCGAGCCUCAGAUAUUUGUUAAUAUCGAACACUGGCCUUCGGUUUUUACCUGCUCUCCAUAAGGUGCACUCUUUCCAGAAAGUUUUACUAGAUAUUCAAGACAAUAUCAAUAUACGUACAAUUGAAAGAAAUUCAUUCACGGGCCUGAGUUCUGAAAGCGUGAUUCUAUGGCUGAAUAAAAAUGGGAUUCGGGAAAUUGAGAACCAUGCGUUUAAUGGAACCUACCUGGAUGAGCUAAAUCUAAGUGAUAAUCACAACCUAGAAAAAUUACCAAAUGAGGUCUUCCAAGGAGCCAAUGGGCCCGUUGUUUUGGAUAUUUCAAGGACAAGAAUCAGCUUCCUGCCAAGUCAUGGAUUAGAACUCAUUAAGAAGCUAAGAGCAAGGUCUACAUACAAUUUAAAAAAGCUUCCUGAUUUAAGCAAAUUUAGGUCUUUGAUUGAGGCAAAUUUCACCUACCCUAGUCAUUGCUGUGCGUUUACAAACUGGAAAAGACAAAACACUGAAUUACAUCCGAUAUGUAGCAUAUCUCAGGUGAAGCAAGAACUUGAUGAGCAGCCUGGCGAUAAGAUAUAUAGACGAUCUGCAGCUGAAGAUUAUAUUUCCAACUACGCCAUAGGAUUUGACCCAGCAGAGAAUGAAUUUGACUAUGGUUUAUGCAAUGAAGUAGUUAAUGUAGCAUGCUCACCUAAACCCGAUGCUUUCAAUCCAUGUGAAGAUAUCAUGGGACACAACAUUCUGAGAGUCCUGAUAUGGUUUAUCAACAUUUUAGCUAUCACUGGGAACAUUGUUGUCCUCAUUAUUUUAAUAAGCAGUCAAUACAAAUUCACCGUACCUCGCUUUCUAAUGUGCAAUCUUGCAUUUGCAGACCUCUGCAUAGGUAUCUAUCUGUUGUUUAUUGCAUCUGUAGAUAUCCAGACCAAAAGCCAGUAUUACAACUACGCCAUAGACUGGCAAACUGGGGCAGGAUGCAAUGCUGCAGGAUUUUUUACAGUGUUUGCAAGUGAACUCUCAGUCUACACGCUGACUGCGAUAACUCUGGAAAGGUGGCACACCAUCACCUAUGCCAUGCAACUGGACCGCAAGGUUCGAUUUCGUCACGCUGUGAUUAUAAUGGUUUUUGGCUGGGUGUUUGCUUUCACAGUGGCACUUCUUCCCAUAUUUGGAGUCAGCAGCUACAUGAAGGUCAGCAUCUGUUUGCCCAUGGAUAUAGAAACACCGUUUUCUCAGGCUUAUGUUAUAUUUCUUUUAGUGUUGAAUGUACUUGCAUUUGUGAUCAUAUGUGCCUGCUACAUCUGCAUCUACUUUACUGUGAGAAACCCUAAUGUCGUCUCUUCAAACAGUGACACCAAGAUCGCCAAGCGCAUGGCCAUACUGAUCUUCACGGACUUCCUCUGCAUGGCACCAAUAUCUUUUUUUGCAAUAUCAGCCUCACUCAAGGUUCCUCUCAUCACAGUGUCCAAAUCCAAGAUCCUUCUGGUUUUGUUUUACCCCAUCAAUUCCUGUGCUAACCCUUUCCUCUAUGCCAUUUUCACCAAGACUUUCCGCAGGGAUUUCUUCAUUCUGUUGAGCAAGUUUGGUUGCUGCGAAAUGCAAGCCCAGAUUUACAGAACAGACACCUCCUCAUCUGCUCAUAAUUUCCACACGAGAAAUGGCCAUUGCCCUUCUGCUUCAAAAAACAGUGAUGGGACUAUUUAUUCAUUGGUUCCUAUGAAUCACUUGAACUGAAAUGCUUGCAUGAAUUUGUGUCUGAGGCAGUGUGAUAAUCACUUUCAACUGUGAAUUUGAAUAAUGACUUCAGUAUAGCAUGUAAACUUAUUUUUUAUGGGAAAAAAAAUUAUUUCCACUUUGCUAUUUUUGUUCAAUGAACAACUGUCAGAGAUGACACAUCAUCUUCAUCAGUUCUUGAAGGACAAAGAACAAAACUUCAGUAUAUGCUAAAGUGUCCUUGUAGAAUUGUCUCAAGAAAUAAAUGAGAUUAUAAACUGGUAUCUCCCACCAUACAGGCAGAGAUUCUCUUCAUUCUAGCAAGAUGUUAGCUGCUUACUGAGAAUCAAGUAGUGGUUAUAUACAGUUGAAAGAAAAAAAUAUGUAGCAUUAAUUUUUUUGUCUGUGAAGCAUGCUGUAACAAUGACAGACAAUUAGUUCUUUUCAUUAAUCAUAUCUCCUGCAGUUAUAGAAGACAGAAGGCCAACUUACAGUCCUCUUUCAGCAUAGACUUACUAGGAAUGAGAAUAUCUUGUGUUGUUUCCAUUUCUGUUCACCACAGCAGAGGGGCAGGAGGUAUCUCCAGCUAUGCUGAUGUUUACUGUUCCACACCGCAUGGACCUGCCUUACUCGGCACAAAAGUGUCACUUUGGGUAGGAUACUUGUUGAUUUAGACUGGCAGGCUCAGGGAACCAGAUUUCAUUUGAGUUUGGAUCGAGGAGUUUGGUUUGGUUUGCGGUUUGUUUUCAAGGUGAGAAAGAGCAAGGACAAGAGCAGGAGAAACCCUUCAUAAUAAGGAGGAUGUUUUCUCGAGUUGGUCUCACAAAGUUGGGUUGAAAUCAUUUAUGUGUGGCUGGUGCUCUUGGGUAUGGCAAGAUAGGCCAACAGGCUGCUCCAACACAAUACCUGAGGCAGGUUUGCCAUUAGGGCAGUAUUAGUCAGUUGCAUUGUCUGGGCUAUGUAAGGGCUGGCGGAUCCAGAUACGGCUUUUUAAAACCCAUACAAAAGUUUUUGUGAAAUCCUAAAAGUUCUCUUUCCCUUUCUCUUCUAAAAAAAAAAAUCCUUCAUGUGCACAUUAUCAGAUGAUGGUCCAGAUUGAAAGACCUGAAAGAAACCAUAUGCUGCAUAUUUUGAAAUAACAAAAAAGACAAAGGUCUUAAUCAAGUUUUCCUGAUUUUACAGAGUUUUUAAAUAAUGUCUCAAAGAACAUACAUACUUUUUACAUUAUUCGAAUACCAA